UAUCAUAUUGGACUAGUCCAUGUUGAGGCAUGAUGGGAAGCUGACCGGAAGUGAACUCACCCACUUCCUCCUGAAAUUUCCUGCCCCGAGAUUCGUGUAGACUGUCCAGAGUCCGCGGAUCUUGGCUGAUUUUACCGACUUUCCAGAAGAAUUUCUCGGCAAUAUCGAGUAUUUAUUGUAACAUAUUUACAAGAACAAGUGUGACUGUUCCACCCUCUAACAACGAUGACACAGCAGCACAUCUUUGGGUACGGCCCUGUCACCUGUGCUUCCUUUAACAAGGACUGCUCACAGGUGGCUCUGUCCCCAAACAACAGCGAGGUCCACAUCUAUGAGUCACGUGGGAAGAGCUGGGAGAAAAUCCAUGAGCUAAAGGAGCACAACAAUGCACACGGCCAGUGCGUGACCGGCAUCGACUGGGCCCCGAACUCCAACCGGAUUGUGACAUGUGGUGCUGACCGGAAUGCUUAUGUGUGGGUGCUCCAGGACGGCUCCUGGCGCCCGACCCUGGUUAUCCUGCGCAUCAACCGUGCUGCUACCUGCGUCAAGUGGUCACCCCUAGAGAACAAGUUUGCGGUUGGGAGCGGGUCCCGCCUCAUCUCGGUCUGCUAUUUUGAGGAGGAGAACAACUGGUGGGUCAGCAAGCACAUCAAGAAGCCAAUCAGAUCCACUAUCACAUGUCUGGAUUGGCACCCCAACAACAUUCUGCUGGCUGCUGGGUCAUCGGACUUCAAGGCAAGGGUGUUCUCAGCCUAUGUGAAGGAGGUGGAGAAGAAGCCCAGCCCCACCAGCUGGGGCAGUAAGAUGCCCUUUGGUAACCUCAUGUCGGAGUUCUCCAACUCACCAUAUGGGGGUGGCUGGGUGCACUCUGUGUGCUUCAGUGGUUCUGGAGAGAAGCUGUGCUGGGUGGGCCAUGACAGCAGCCUGUCUGUGGUGGACUCAGCUAACGGCAUGGUCCAGUCCUCCACUAAGACUGAGUUCCUCCCCUUCCUGUCCUGUACCUGGGUCACCAACAACAGCUUGGUGGUCGCGGGCCACGGCUGCCUGCCGAUGUUGUACCUCCACGAUGACCAGGGAAACAUCACCUUCCUGAACAAGCUGGACCAGAGCAGCAGCAAGUCGUCGGGCGACAGCACCAUCUCCGCCAUGAAGCGCUUCCAGACCAUGGACCGCAUGGCUGCCACCGAGGUGUCCACCACCGACCCCAACACCAUCCACCAGAACACCAUCACUCAGGUGAUGGUGCACACUGGCACCAAGGACGGCUGUGAGAAGUUUGUCACCAUUGCUAUGGACGGCAAGAUGGUCAUCUGGGACUUCAAGUCCCUGGAGAAGUCUAUCCAAGGCCUGAAGCUGAUGUAGACAAGAGACAACAUCAGCAGACAACUGCUCUUAACUCUUCACAUGUACAAUAUUAUCAUGUGAUAGACAUACUGAAGGAAUAUAAAAUGAUAUACAGUUUGUAUGAGAUAUCACAGUGUAAAGACGGAAUGUUAUACUUAUGGUAGGCAGAAGACCUAACAACUUGACAUGAGGAGAGUACA